AUGGCAUUCCUGCAGUAUUGGAACCACACUGCGGUGACACAGUUCAUUUUACUUGGCUUAACAGACGACCCAGUCCUUCGAGUCAUCCUCUUCAUCAUCAUUCUGUGCCUCUACCUGGUGGCCCUGUCUGGAAACCUCAGCACAAUCCUGCUAAUCAGAGUAUCCCCUCAGCUCCAUCACCCCAUGUACUUUUUUCUGACCCAUUUGGCUUGUGCUGACAUUGGCUAUUCAUCUUCUGUCACACCAAACAUGCUUGUUAACUUCCUGGUGAAGAGAAAUACCAUCUCCUACCUUGGGUGUGGCGUCCAGCUUGGCUCAGGUGCUUUCUUUGGGACAGUUGAGUGCUUUAUUCUGGCUGUCAUGGCUUAUGAUCGCUUCAUAGCAAUCUGCAAUCCACUGCUUUAUUCAACAAAAAUGUCCACACGAGACUGUGUCCAGUUGCUUAUAGGAGUUUAUGUAGUUGGAUUUCUUAAUUCUUCCUCCUAUACCUUUUCCUUCUUCUCUUUAGUAUUCUGUGGACCAAAUACAAUCAACGAUUUUUUCUGUGAUUUUCCUCCUUUAAUUGAACUCUCAUGUUCUGAUGACAGUGUCUUUAUAUUUCUUACCACUAUUUCUGUUGGCACUGUUAUUAUGUUCACAGUGUUUGUCAUAUGCAUCUCCUACAUCUACAUCCUUAUCACCAUCUUGAAGAUGCCCUCCACUGAGGGCCGGCACAAAGCCUUUUCCACCUGUACCUCCCAUCUCACUGCAGUUAGUUUGUUCUAUGGGACUGUCACAUUUAUUUAUGUAAUUCCGAAAUCCAGCUACUCCACAGACCAGGACAAGGUGGUGUCUGUGUUCUACAUGGUAGUGAUCCCCAUGUUGAACCCCCUCAUCUACAGUCUGAGGAAUAAUGAAAUUAAAGGUGCUCUGAAGAGACAACUUUUGAGGAAAAUAUUUUCUUAG